GAAUCCAAGUGCGGAACGGUCGAAGCGGAGCAUGGACUUGGCGCCAUGCUGGCGCGGCGGGCAGUUGGCCUGUUCCGCCUGCAGCGGCGGUGGAAGACCCGGAAGACGCGGUCAGAGUGGCCGGCGGCCUACAGGAAGGCUGUCCAGGAAUGGCUUCAGCACUCGGAUGUGCCCGCACAGCCGCCUCUGGCGGGCGAGGCGAUUCGAGCGGAUCAAAACGAAGCCAUCAUCCGGCGGCUGCCGGUGCGCUUGCUGACCACCGUACAGCAGAGCGAGAUCUUGGCCAACAAGGUGCUGGGCUCGGGCCAGCCCGCCGUGGCCGUGGACUGCUCCGGCGAAGUCUCGGGGCGCUUCGGGCGCCUGGGCGUGCUGCAGUUGGCCACUGAAGAGGCCGUUUUUCUUGUGGACGUGGAGACGGGGGGACCCGAGAUGUUGGGGCCCCUGGAGCCCGUCUUCCAAUCUACAGGCCUGGUGAAGGUCUUUCACGACUGCCGGGAGGCCGUGUCGCUGCUGCUGAACCGGUACCGGGUGAGUGUCCACUCGGUCUUCGAUACCCAGGUGGCCUAUGCGGCCUGGCUGGAGCGGGAAGGGCUGGAGAUCUACCAAGCUGGCCUGGCUGAGGUGCUGCGGACUUUCUCUUUGAGCGCGUACCGCUUGCACCGCUGGGAUCGCCUGGAGCGCAACGCGGUGCCGGGGGCCAAGUGGCACCAGAGGCCCCUGCAGCCUCAGGCGGUGCGGCAGGCUGUGGAGGGCGUGGUGCACUUGUUGGCUUUGCAGCAGGAGCUGAACCGCGAGCUGGGGGACCUCUCGGGGACUUUGACGCAGCGCCGCAGCGCUUCCUACGUGCACUACGCCCAGAUGAACUGCGAGGUGCCCGAGGCGCCGCUGGUGAGCGGGCAGAAGCUGCAGGCCAUGUUGGCCUCCCGAAAGCCGGAGGCGGCCUACUUCAAGCUGAACCACCCGGCGCUGGGGGCGGCCUUGGACCGGGAGGAUCUCAAGGAGUUCUUGGACCUGAAGCCGGGGGACGUGGCGGCAUGCGUGGUGAAGAGUUUGAGCCCCUGCCAGAGCUUCGCGCAUCUGCAGCGCGAGGGUCACGGGAACUUGUGGCUGGACCGGCUCUCGAACCGCAUGGUCCACUUGCCCACCGAGGAGGAGGUGGACCAAGCGCGACCACCUCGGGCCUCCAGCAUGUAUGACCUCAACAAGGGCUCCAGGCCCGCGAUCCGCGAGGAGCCGCGGAGCUUCAAGCCCCAGAAGCCCACGGUGGUGCACAAGUUGGGGAAGCGGGGCGCCGUCAAGGUGAAGAAGUCUGGCUUCGUUCCACCAGAGCCACAGCACAGGAGCUUUCCAGCGUGAA